UAACAAUUACGAUAGGCAAAGUACGUACACGAUAUCAAAACACGAAUCCCUCCAAAAGCUUUCGGAUUCGGGUUUAAAAGAUGGUGUUAUCCCCGAAAACCUGCCGUGUGACGGGUACUUUCUGAUGGGUGCUGGAGGCAAGUGGAGUGGUCCGGCAAAGUGGGCUAACCUUUUUGAUGGCAUUAAGCCAACCGAGGAUGGGCUUAAAAUCGAUGGCAUAACAUUGUUAAAUUUGUGAAAAGGGUAGAAAAGACAAAGAUUUUGGUUUCAAGCCAGAGUGGGAAGAUUUCCAUUCGGGUUCCGGGGGAAAAUUGAUUGAUCUUUCGUGUUCCGUAAGUCGUUUGAAAAUUUAAUAAGCAUGUUUGAUUCGAUCUGAGUGGUUAGCCGGAUGAAAUCUUUUCCAAGCUUUGUCCAUAAUUGACGCAGUUUUCUUGGCCAGUUUUCUUUUUUUCAGUUGAUGGGAUUGAAAUGUUGCUUUAGCGCAUGACUUGAUUCACAAUCAUAUCUUGAAUUUUAAGUUUUAGUAACUAAAGCAACCAUGAUAAGAAGAAAAUGAUUAUAAAAGCUUGUCACGGGAAUGACAGCAAUUUAAAUCAAAUUAAGCGAAAACAUUCCUAAAAGCAUGUUUCAAUGAUUUUCUGCUGAUCCAAUUAUUAUUAUUACUUGUCCGGUAUAAGAACACCAUGAUGAUUGCUAAUUACUUUCGCACCUUUCAUUAUUCGAUUCCGGUACCAGCAACAUCCUCCCUGUGUAUCACCUAUAAUUAAUACAACUAUUCCCACACCUCGCCAUGAUUGCAAUCUUUGGCCAAAACCACUAUAAAUCAGCUAUAAAUUCCAGCCACCAGCUUCAAUUUCAAGUUGACAAACCUCCGGACAUGAAGUUCGCAAAUUUUCUAACUUUGGUCGUCACCGUGCUGUCGGCAGUAGUAUUAGCAGAGUACGUGCUCGACAUUGUCGACUACCAACAGGAUUGCGAGAACGGUAUGCCCAAGUUCGGCAUGGAUAUGUCCGACCUCGACACCAACCUGGACGAGGAGGGCAAUCCUUCCGCUACGGGGAAGAUUGUUAUCACGGAGGAGUACAACGAUCCGAUCUCGAUUCAUGCCUACACGAAGCGUUUCCUGCAUGGCUCCUGGGAGGAUGGGGAAAUUUCCCGUGACGUCACGAACUUGUGCGCCGUGUUGACCGUCCCGUUCGAGCCAUGGUAUCCGUUCUUCAAUGCGAUGAAAAAUCAGGGCUGUCCCUUUGAAAAAGGGCACGAGGAGUAUCUGGAAAAUGUGGCUCUUGGUGAUAUUCCGAUUAGCUUCCCGUCAACGUUUGCCGGCGAGUGGAGAAUGUACCUCGAGAUCAGCACGCCGAGAGGGGGCCAAACCGUUACCGAAUGUAUGAGGAUCGCAUUUGACAUAAAGGAGGUGUAAGGACGGACCAGAGCGACGGUUUACAAUUUACGGACGUUUUUUUUUUCUAAAUGAUCAAAGAACCAAAUAACCUACCUUGCUUACACUAUAUUUGUACUUAAUGUUUUGGGAGAAGGCAGGAUACACUUAAUGUCAAUAUGGUUCUUAUGUUACAGAGCAACCUCUUUUGACGCGAUGCGUUACGUUUUUCUAUUUUUUUGCAAUCUUUUAAAAGCAAUUUGUAGGUUUUGUUCAGAUCUACAAAACACCUUUUGAAGCUUGCAAAAUUAUUGUAUGGUUGAAGAGAGAUCGACGAAAUAAAAAGCGAAACGCCACCGCGUAGAAAGAGGUUAGUAUUAAAAGGAAUAGAUGGAAUUGUUUUAAGCUAUUUAAGCUGUCAUUGAUGAGUUAGGGUGCACUUUUUUGAGUCGAUGCCAGUGAUUUUUCGCACAAUAUUGAAUGAUAUAAAAACUGUGAGUUUUGAGCAUUAUAACACUCGAUAAAUGUACUUUUUAAUAUCACCUCCUAGAACCACCGUCAUGCAUAGAGUGGAGUGGGGUGAUUUCCCAAGUAGCAAGACAAAUGCCUUUGAUUCUAAAGCAUUUUUAUAAUAGUUUUAUCAAAUGCAAUAAAGAUUUGUUACAUCUUUCACCAAAUCCAACAGGUUUUACCAUUCCACAAACUUAAACAUAUUUUAAAGAAUUCUUCAAGAUAUCAUGAAGAAUUUUGUUUAGAAGUUUUAAAUAAGCUUUCAACUUUACACUUUAAGUACGCCUGAAGAAUUCUUGAUAUAGCUUGAUUAACUUAACAAAUGCUGCUUUAAAUCUGUUAAGUCUUUCGUAAGCAUUUUAUCAAUCUUGUUAGAUUUGUACUUUCACUUUGACAUAUUCAGUUGUACGUGAACAGCGCAGUGAAAUACAUUGAGAGGCGAGCUGAUUUUUUGAAAAACGCUUCUGGGCAUAAUUACUAGUGAGUUUUCGGUUAAAGUUUAAAAUUACAUAUGACUUAAUAACUAUGUGUUGAUAAUAAUAAAAUAUUUUUUAAUUGGUGGUUUUUUAUCGUGUUUGAAUUGUGAUAGAAUUGUGAGAAAUCGGAACAUUUCACUGAACCUGAAAUUCUUUUGCUUUGCAAUAGUUGCAUGUACUGGUGCUGUGCAUUAUCAUUAUUGUGUCAAAGUGGAUGUACAUCAUGUUAUGUUGCAAUUUAGCGUUACUAAACGAGGCAUUUUAUCAAAUUGUUUUCGUUUUAGUGUUUUUCGUCCUGCCCCUUUUAUCAAAGCCUUUCAGUCUUGAUUAGAACUUCUUUAAAUACAUAUGGUUUUCGAAAAGUAGUUGAUAAAACUUUUCAUCCUUAGAGUUACCUUGUUCAAAACUAUCAAGAUUUUAUUAUCUGUAUUGCUACGCGCUGUCAUUUACAGUUUUGCUUGUGCUGAUUGCAGCGGUUUUUUGUUCACUAAUAUGUUUAAUUUGAAAAGAGAGUGAUAAUCGUUUUAAAAUAUCAUUGUUUGUGGUGCGCAUUCUAUAUUGUGAGGGAGUUAAAGAUUGUAAUAGCAACAGAAGGUAAAAAUAGUGAAAGUAGCUGCUUUUUAAGGCAGUGUCCAACCCACCUUCGCUGUUUAAAGUUUGGUCAUUGAACUGUGUUGAGUGACCGAGUUUGUGCUUUUUUAGUUGUUAUAUAAUAAAUAAACCACAUGCAAACUAACAAAAAUGUGUUUUUUUUAUUGAAUUAUUGCCAAAUUCAAAUCCGUUGUCCAAGUCGAUCUAUUUACAGUUGAUGAA